GCGGGAGGCGGGGGGGCGCGGCGGCGGCGGCGGUGGCGGCGGUGGGGUGGCGGGAGCGGAGCGGCAUGGCCACGGCGGCUUCUAACCCCUACCUGCCGGGGAACAGCUUGCUAGCGGCCGGCUCCAUCGUCCACUCGGACGCGGCGGGGGCCGGCGGGGGCGGGGGCGGCGGGGCAGGGGGCGGGGGCGGCGGGGCUGGGGGCGGCGGAGGCGGCAUGCAGCCGGGCAGCGCGGCCGUGACCUCGGGCGCCUACCGAGGGGACCCGGCCUCCGUUAAGAUGGUGCAGAGCGACUUCAUGCAGGGGGCCAUGGCCGCCAGCAACGGUGGCCAUAUGCUGAGCCACGCGCACCAGUGGGUCACCGCGCUGCCCCACGCCGCUGCCGCCGCCGCCGCCGCGGCCGCCGCCGCCGUGGAGGCCAGCUCGCCGUGGUCUGGCAGCGCCGUGGGCAUGGCCGGCAGCCCCCAGCAGCCGCCGCCGCCGCCGCCGCAGGGCCCCGACGUGAAGGGCGGCGCGGGGCGCGAGGACCUGCACGCGGGCACCGCCCUGCACCACCGCGGGCCGCCGCACCUCGGGCCGCCGCCGCCGCCGCCGCACCAGGGCCACCCCGGGGGCUGGGGGGCCGCCGCCGCCGCCGCCGCCGCUGCCGCCGCCGCCGCCGCCGCCGCGCAUCUCCCGUCCAUGGCCGGUGGCCAGCAGCCGCCGCCGCAGAGUCUGCUCUACUCGCAGCCCGGGGGCUUCACGGUGAACGGCAUGCUGAGCGCGCCCCCGGGCCCGGGGGGCGGCGGCGGCGCGGGCGGCGCGGGGGGCGGCGGCGCACAGAGCCUGGUGCACCCGGGGCUGGUGCGCGGGGACACGCCCGAGUUGGCCGAGCACCAUCACCACCAUCACCACCACGCGCACCCGCACCCGCCGCACCCGCACCACGCGCAGGGGCCCCCCCACCACGGCGGCGGCGGCGGCGCGGGGCCCGGACUCAACAGCCACGAUCCGCACUCGGACGAGGACACGCCGACGUCCGACGACCUGGAGCAGUUCGCCAAGCAGUUCAAGCAGCGGCGCAUCAAGCUGGGCUUCACGCAGGCCGACGUGGGGCUGGCACUGGGCACCCUGUACGGCAACGUGUUCUCGCAGACUACCAUCUGCCGCUUCGAGGCCCUGCAGCUGAGCUUCAAGAACAUGUGCAAGCUCAAACCGUUGCUCAACAAGUGGCUGGAGGAGGCGGACUCGAGCACCGGCAGCCCCACGAGCAUCGACAAGAUCGCGGCGCAGGGCCGCAAGCGCAAGAAGCGGACCUCCAUCGAGGUGAGCGUCAAGGGCGCGCUGGAGAGCCACUUCCUCAAGUGCCCCAAGCCCUCUGCGCAGGAGAUCACAAACCUGGCCGACAGCCUGCAGCUCGAGAAGGAGGUGGUGCGGGUGUGGUUCUGCAACCGGAGGCAGAAGGAGAAGCGCAUGACGCCGCCCGGGAUCCAGCAGCAGACGCCCGACGACGUGUACUCGCAGGUGGGCCCGGUGAGUGCCGACACGCCGCCGCCGCACCACGGGCUGCAGACAAGCGUGCAGUGAAGGCCCGGGCGCCGCAGCUGUCACCCCGCCGCCCCCGCUGCGCCGGGCCGGGCCGGGCCGGGCCGCCCUCCCCUCCGCCCAAAGACAGGUCUGCCCGCCCUCGGGGGAACGGAGAGGGGCGCACCGAGGAGACGCUGUUUGAAGUCCAAGG